AUGAAAGGUGUUAGAGAUUGGGUUUUCUCUCAAAUCCUAUCCAAAUCACUGGUCUCGCCUUCACCAUUAUCAGGUGGCAAUAGUUUUUAUGCUGGAGAGCAUCGAAUUCAGAAUGAAGAUUUUAAUGAACAAGGUUCAGAUCGCUUGGCAAGUUCAGUAUCAUCACCCGUUCCCUCUGAUCAAUCAAACUCUUCAAAUGAUGAUCAGAGUAAUUAUCAUAGUUCCUCCUUGCAGCUAGUUUCAGAUACAGAAGUCGAUCAGUAUCAGCAUAACACUAAUAGAAGACAGAAGGAUACUCUGGCCGAGGUUCAGGAUCUCCAAGUUAAAUUCUUCCGAUUGUUGCAGCGCCUUGGCCAGUCACGAGAAGAUCUUUUGGUUGCUAAGGUUCUUUAUCGGAUGCACCUGGCAACUUUGAUUCGUACCAAGGAAUCAGAUCUUAAAAGAGUUAACCAAAGUAGCAAUAGAGCCCGAGCAGUAGCAAGUGAACAGGAGGCUUUAGGUAUGCCUGAAUUGGAUUUCUCCUGCAGAAUACUUGUCCUUGGUAAAACAGGAGUCGGUAAAAGUGCUACCAUAAAUUCUAUAUUUGGUCAAGCAAAAACCACCACUGGUGCAUUUCAACCGGCUACUAACUGCAUCCAAGAAGUUGUGGGAAAUGUCAACGGUCUUAACAUAACAUUUAUUGAUACCCCUGGUUUCCUGCCUUCCUCCACUAACAAUAUGAAGAAAAAUAAGAGGAUAAUGCUUUCUAUAAAGAGAUUCAUUAGAAAGUCCCCUCCAGAUGUGGUUUUGUACUUUGAACGGCUUGAUUUUAUCAAUGCUGGUAAUGUUGACUUCCCACUUUUGAAACUUGUAACUGAAGUGUUUGGCUCUGCGAUUUGGUUCAACACCAUCGUAGUUAUGACGCAUUCUUCCUCUGCCAUUCCGGAAGGACCUGAUGGGUAUACUAUUAGUUAUGAGUCAUAUAUUUCUCACUGUACUAAUAUAAUACAGCAGCAUAUACAUCAGGCAGUGUUUGAUUCUAGGCUUGAAAACCCUGUACUUUUGGUUGAGAACCAUUCUCAAUGCUCAAAAAAUAUUAUGGGAGAGAAAAUUCUCCCAAAUGGACAAGUUUGGAGAUCUCAACUCUUGUUCUUUUGCAUUUGUACCAAAGUUCUGGGCGACGUAAAUUCUCUUCUCAAUUUUCAGAACAGUGUAGAACUGGGACCAUCAAGCAGUACUCGGAUCCCUUCUAUGCCCCAUCUCCUUUCGUCUCUCUUAUGCCAUCACCCUAUAUCCAAUCUAAGUGGGAUUUAUGAUGAAAUUGAGGAAAUAUUACUAUCUGAUAAGGAAGAAGAAGAUGAAUAUGAUCAACUUCCGCCCGUACGUGUGUUGACAAAAUCUCAGUUUGAAAUGUUGUCUGGGCCUCUGAAAAAAGAUUAUCUGGAUGAAAUGGAUUACAGGGAGACUCUAUACUUAAAGAAACAGUUGAAAGAAGACUAUCGUAAGCGCAAAGAGAAGCUAGUCUCAACAGAGCAGAAGUUUGCGAUCAGUAAUAACCCUGAUGAUGAACAGGCACCUCCUGAACCAGUUUUGUUACCGGAUAUGGCUGUUCCUCCAAGUUUUGAGUCAGAUUGCCAUAGCCAUAGAUAUCGUUGCCUUGUUUCUGAUGACCAAUGGCUUGUGAGACCUGUUCUUGAUCCCCAAGGAUGGGAUCACGAUGUGAGUUUUGAUGGUAUAAACUUGGAGACAACUGCAGAAAUAAAGAAGAAUGUACGUGCUUCAGUUGUAGGACAGAUGAGUAAGAACAACCAGGAUUUCAGUAUUCAAUCCGAGUGUGCUGCAGCUUAUGUUGAUCCAGGGGGCCCUACUUAUUCUUUGGGUGUUGAUGUUCAGUCCACAGGUAAAGAUUUUAUAUGUACCGUUCAUAGCAACACAAAGUUGAAAAACAUAAAGCACAAUAUUGCAGACUGUGGUGUUUCUUUAACAUCUUUUGCAAAGAAGUACUAUGUCGGUGCAAAACUUGAGGAUACUGUGUUGGUUGGGAAGAGAUUAAAAUUUGUCUUGAAUGCCGGCCGCAUGGAGGGUGCAGGACAAAUGGCGUAUGGUGGGAGUUUUGAAGCUAAUUUACGAGGGGAAGAUUAUCCGGUAAGAAAUGACAAUGUAAGCUUAACAAUGACAGUCCUCUCUUUCAACAAGGAAAUGGUGUUGAGUGGAAGUUUACAAUCGGAGUUCAGGUUGUCUAGAAGCUCGAGAGCAUCUGUGAGUGCUAAUCUAAAUAGUCGUAAAAUGGGGCAAUUAUGUGUAAAGAUUAGUAGCUCUGAGCAUUUACAAAUUGCCUCGGUUGCAAUUUUCUCGAUUUUCAAAUUCCUAUCACGUAGAAAGGCAACUAGGAACGUGGUGAAGGAAGUGAAGGACUAA